UUGGGACCCUCGUAGGAUCGUGCAGAGCCCUAGGGCAUUUAGGUUUGAUGGAGAUGCUGGGUUGGAGGUACAGAAUUGGAGCCCCGGAAGGACAGAGCUGCAGCAGCUGCCAUCAGAUGGGCAGCUGUUUGGGGAGGAAGCAAGGUGCUGCCAGCAUGAUUAUGAAGUAGGUGUUCCUGGGACCUUUGCUCAGGAGCUACUCUGCUUACAGGCACAGGCAUGCCCAGGUUUGUAGAGGGACAGGGUCUGUGCUGCAGAUUUGGACCUAGAAGGGGCUGUAUUCAGCAUGGCACCUCACGUUUGGGGUGUUCAGGUUUGGGUGGGAGGAAGUGGAAGGUCCCAGUUUCCAUGGGAGCUGGUCUCUCAUGGGUUUGACAACCCCAGGCCAAUGCUUAAGUCCUGGGGCUGCUUCUGGAGCUCGAUGCUCAAGCUACUAUUUGGGUGUUCUGAUGUUUUGGCGGCAAGCAGGCAGUGGACGCAGGUGACCCCAGAACCCUCACGGAGACUUGCAGGUUCCUUUUGUGUCUCAGCUCAGGACCUCCGGUUCUGCCCUCUGUGGGAAGGAGAGCAUGGAAGAGCAGGAGGAGAAGCCCCCAGGGCCCCUGAAGGCCUGUGUGCAGGACUCUCUCCUUCCUCAAGAGAUUAUCAUCAAGGUUGAGAGAGAAGAUUCUGGGUCACUGGCCAUCCCAUCCCAGGAAGGAGUGAACUUCAAAAUUGUGACUGUGGACUUCACUCAGGAAGAAGACAUUUUGAAUCCUGCUCAGAGGACCCUGGACAGAGAUGCAAUCCUUGAGAACCACAGGGACUUGGUCUCUUGGGAUUUGGCACCUGCACUUGGAAGAAGAGAAUCAGCAUCAAAGCAGAGAAUUGUUGACAAUGAGCCAUCCAAUGGAGUAAAGUUAGAAACAUUGACAAGAGAUGAUUCUUGGUUAUCUUCAUGUGAAGAAGUUUGGGUUUGUAAGGACCAGUUGGAGAAGCAACAGGAAAUACAAGAAAGACUUUUGAAGAAAGUGGCAUUCACUCAAAAGAAUGCUGUUACUCAUGAGAGGGUCUGCAAAAGUGAUGAACUUGAGAAGAGUGGUCUGAAUUCCAGUCUUUCACCCCAGAUGAUAGCCAUAAGAAACCAUUUUCAUAAACAUGCCUCACAUGUUAAAAAAUUACAUUAUUCUGUUUUUAACAGUCGUCAGAUGAUUAAUGACAGUGAUAAACUAUGUGAAAAUAAUGAAUAUGGGAAAAAACCCCAGAGCAUUCACCUUAUUCAGUUUACAAGAACUCAAACAGAAGAGAAAUCCUAUGGAUUUAGCAACACUAUUCAAUCUUUUAGCCAUGGUACACCUCUAAAUAUACAUGAGAAAAUACAUGCAAGAGGAAAACCCUUUGAUGUUAAGGAAUGUGGGCAACUUUUAAACCACAGCAUACCCCAUAAUGAACAACCGAGAAUUCCUGUUGAAGAUAGUCAAUAUAAAUGUAGUAAAAUCUCAGAGAAUUCGUCCCUUGCUCCAAACAUGAGAAAUUCUGAAGAGAAACCCUUUGAAUGUGACCAAUGCGGGAAAUCCUUCAGCUGGAGCUCUCAUCUUGUUGCACAUCAGAGAACUCACACAGGGGAGAAACCUUAUGAAUGUAGCGAAUGUGGGAAAUCCUUCAGUCGGAGCUCUCAUCUCGUUUCCCAUCAGAGAACUCAUACUGGAGAGAAACCUUAUAGAUGUAAUCAGUGUGGGAAAUCCUUUAGCCAGAGCUAUGUCCUUGUUGUUCAUCAGAGAACUCAUACUGGAGAGAAACCUUAUGAAUGCAGUCAGUGUGGGAAGUCCUUCAGGCAGAGCUACAAGCUUAUUGCACAUCAAAGAACUCAUACAGGAGAGAAGCCCUAUGAAUGUAAUCAAUGUGGGAAAUCAUUUAUCCAGAGCUAUAAACUUAUUGCACAUCAAAGAAUUCAUACCGGAGAAAAGCCCUAUGAGUGCAACCAAUGUGGAAAGUCCUUUAGUCAGAGUUAUAAACUUGUUGCCCAUCAGAGAACUCACACAGGAGAGAAACCCUUUGAAUGUAAUCAGUGUGGAAAAUCCUUCAGCUGGAGCUCUCAGCUUGUUGCACAUCAAAGGACUCAUACUGGAGAGAAACCCUAUGAAUGUAAUGAGUGUGGAAAAUCUUUCAACCGCAGUUCUCACCUUGUUAUGCAUCAGAGAACUCAUACAGGAGAAAAACCCUACGAAUGUAAUCAGUGUGGGAAGUCCUUCAGCCAGAGUUAUGUUCUUGUUGUACAUCAGAGAACUCAUACUGGAGAAAAGCCCUACGAAUGCAAUCAGUGUGGGAAAUCGUUCAGGCAGAGUUCAUGCCUUACUCAACAUCAGAGAACUCAUACUGGGGAGAAACCCUAUGAAUGUAAUCAAUGUGGGAAAACAUUCAGCUUGAGUGCUCGACUUAUUGUACAUCAAAGAACACAUACUGGAGAAAAACCCUUUACAUGUAAUCAAUGUGGGAAAGCUUUCAUUAACAGCUCUAAGCUUAUUAGGCAUCAGGCAACUCAUACUGAAGAGAAACCCUAUGAAUGUAACUAGUUUGGAAAUUUUUUAGCCAGAGUAUAUUCCUUCAUGCCUCCCUUCCAAGGAAGCACAUGUACUGAAAAGAACAAGUAUAAAGUCAAUAUAUGCAGAAAAGCUUUCUGUUAGUCAUCUGUUAUUGUGUAUCUGGAAAUUUUUUCUGGAGAAGAAAAGGGUGUUAUAGAUCACACAUUUUAUUUAGCAAUUCCCUACGCAAAAUCAGUCUUUAUGACACAUCCCAAACAAAAUAAUAAAUGUUGGCACUUUUCCUUGCAGAGAGCACCAGAGAGAAUUACCAUUAAAUGGACAAUAGGCAGUGGAGUGGUUGCCAGUGAGGCAGACCUUUUCUAAUAAAGAGUGAGAAUGCUAACACUGGUGGUGGUAAGAAGGUUGAAAAAUUGCUGUUGUUAGAAAUUAGGCUGGAAACAGUAUUUCAGUGUAUCAUCUUAAAAUAUGAUUUCCUCACUACUUUAUAUUCUCUUUCAUGCAGCACUUUCUCUUAUAUAUGAAGAUUUUGUAAACUUUAGGAAAACUGUUAUGAUGCAAAGUGAAAAAUGCAGGAUAAGAGUAUGGAACAUUUAUUCCUAGAACCACUGUGAUACAAUAUUUGUGUGGGAGUAAAAAUUAAAACGGAUUCUAGGUGUACCUAUUUGGUUUUUAGAUUUAUGUCUGGCUUUUUUUUUUUUUUAUCUGAAUGUGUACUGUUUUGAUAUAAUAUGUGAUGAGUAAAGUUUAGUCAAAAGCAAGCAAG